UCCCCGCUUCGUCGACUGCUGUCAAACAGAGCUAAGGGACACAGCUAGCAGCUAGCAGCUAGCGUCAUGUUGUCAAGAACCAGGUGUGCGUACCGGACGCUCGGUCGUUCUCUGUCUGCAGUGAGCCAGGCUAAUAAUGUGCUGGUCCGACAAAGUGUUUCAGGCCUCCCUGUCUGCAGCCAGCUAAUUUACAAGAAUUCUCAGCCAUGUGAAUUUGGAUCCUCAGCAAAUGUCUUCCACAUCAGAUACUUCAAGACAUCUGCUGUCCACAGGGAUGAGGUUGUCACAGUCAAAACGCCUGCAUUUGCAGAAUCCGUUUCAGAGGGGGAUGUGAGGUGGGAGAAAGCUGUGGGCGACUCAGUGUCUGAAGAUGAAGUGGUGUGUGAAAUUGAGACUGACAAGACCUCGGUACAAGUCCCCGCUCCAGCAUCUGGUGUAAUUGAGGAACUGCUGGUGCCUGAUGGAGGAAAGGUAGAAGGAGGGACGCCCCUCUUCAAACUCCGGAAAGGAGCUGUUUCUGCCAAAGCUGCUCCCUCACCAGCAGCAGAAGCACCGGCUGCAGCACCACCUCCUCCUCCUCCAUCUUCAGCAGCCACUGCCAUGCCUCCAGUGCCCCCAGUGCCACCACAGGCUGCACAAGCCAAACCUGUUUCUGCCAUCAAGCCAACAGCUCCUGCACCAACCCCUCUAACAUCAGGAGGGAGAGGAGAAAACAGGGUGAAGAUGAACCGUAUGAGGUUGAGGAUUGCCCAGAGGCUAAAGGAGGCUCAAGAAACCUGCGCCAUGUUGACCACCUUCAAUGAGGUGGACAUGGGCAACAUUCAGGACAUGAGGAAAAUCCAUAAGGAUGCUUUCCUAAAGAAGCACAACAUCAAACUGGGCUUUAUGUCAGCGUUUGUGAAGGCUGCUGCACACGCUCUGACUGAGCAGCCUGCUGUCAAUGCCGUUAUUGAUGAUUCAACCAAAGAGAUUGUCUACAGGGAUUAUGUCGACAUUAGCGUCGCUGUGGCAACUCCAAAGGGGCUUGUUGUGCCGGUGAUCCGUAACGUUGAGACCAUGAACUUCGCCGACAUUGAGAAAACCAUCAAUGCUUUGGGAGAAAAGGCUCGCAACAAUGAGCUGGCCGUUGAAGAUAUGGACGGAGGCACCUUCACCAUCAGCAACGGUGGCGUGUUUGGCUCCAUGUUUGGAACACCAAUCAUCAACCCCCCACAGUCUGCCAUCCUGGGCAUGCACGGCAUCUUCGACCGACCGGUGGCCAUCAAUGGCAAGGUUGAGAUCCGUCCCAUGAUGUAUGUAGCGCUGACAUACGACCACCGACUCGUCGACGGCAGAGAAGCGGUCACUUUCCUACGCAAGAUCAAAGCGGUGGUGGAAGAUCCACGAGUGCUGCUUCUGGACAUGUGAUGUGUUUCUCCCACCACAUUACUCUCAUUUAAAGCUGCAUAAAAAAAAAUGAACUCCACGUCACAAAACACGCACAAGUCGUACAAAAUCUUUUGCUGUCCCUUUAAAACGUUGUCAGACUUCUUGUUGAUAUUAAGGAUGAGUUCGCACACUUGUAUUGAGCUCAAAUACGUGAUAUUAUCUGUAGAGACUGCGCUUAGAAUGGGCUUUGGCUACAUUAACAAAGCAAACAGAUUGCUUUCAUCUUCCAACAGUUAUUGUUUUUGCUACAUUUUAAUUUAGCAAAGAGACAUGUGACAUUUACAUUACACGUCACGGGACAAAAAUUGGAAAACCUAUGCUUUAAAAGUUGAAGAUAACGCACACAUGGGUGUGUUAUUGUACCCAUGAGCUCUUCAGAUGAAAAUACGAGGCAGUAGAUAAACACUCGCUGCAUCCUUGUCACAUUUGUGUAAUCAUGAAACUGAACGGCUUUUCCAGGCAGCAUUUGGCUGCAUGUCUUUCUCUCCUACUCGUUAGUUGGUGCCCCUGAGCCACUUUUUCCACAGCAAAGCGGAGCUCACACAAAUUAGUUCAAGAUGUUUAAAUGUUAACGCAGGGUUGAAAGAAUUUCUUGGUUUGCUGCUAGUAAUUGUUACUAGCAGCAGUCUGGAAAAAGGAAUUGGUGACCGGGAAACCACGUUUGGAGCUAACUCCAAUUAUAUUCAUCCAUGUCCUGUAUCAUUUUGAUUUAGCUUUAAAACUGACUUGCGGAUUCUUUGACCAUCAAAGUCUAAAAAUGUUGAUCAAACUUCUACGAGCUUUUAGUAAAACACAUGGGGAAUUCAAAGAAACUGUUCUAAACACGAAACACUAUUGGAUUUUUUUUUUUGUUAUAUGUUGGGAGUCAUGUUCAAAACGCACAAUUUGGCAGCAGGUUUUUACGUUGAGAUUUUCAUUGUGCUAUUCUAUAUAUAUAUAUAUAUAUAUAUAAAAAAUACUUGUAUCUAUUUAAAGAAACAAUUUUAAACAUUAAACAUCUCAAAA